CCGGCAACAGUCACUCACACGCUUGGCGUCCCUCCUCGCCAGUUGCCAGCAGCAGGACGUCCAGUUCCUAUUGUGUUUGCUUGAUCUCAGAGGCCUUUUGGACCAGUGCAGGGUUUUUAUUUUCUUCUUUUUAUCUCGUCACUUUGGUUUCCUUUGAGGAUUUUUUUUGUGCCCUGCACCAAUGGAGACCACCACCGGGGAAUAUGUGGACAAUUUUGACUACUACGACGACAACGAGACGGUGUGCGAUUUCUCCGAGUGGGAGCCCUCCUACUCCCUCAUCCCGGUCCUCUACAUGCUCAUCUUCAUCCUCGGCCUGUCGGGAAACGGCGUGGUCAUCUUCACUGUCUGGAGGUCCAAAUCCAAGCGCCGGGCGGCGGACGUCUACAUUGGAAACCUGGCGCUGGCUGACCUCACCUUCGUGGUGACCCUUCCUUUGUGGGCUGUGUACACGGCUCUGGGCUACCACUGGCCCUUCGGCGUGGCUCUGUGCAAGAUCAGCAGCUAUGUGGUUCUGGUCAACAUGUACGCCAGCGUCUUUUGCCUCACCUGCCUCAGCUUUGACCGCUACCUGGCCAUCGUGCACUCUCUGUCCAGCAGCAGGUUGAGGUCAAGGGGUACCAUGCUGGCGUCCCUCGGUGCAAUAUGGCUGCUGUCCGGCCUGCUGGCUCUCCCCACGUUGCUCUUCCGCACCACGAUCAGCGACCAGAACAGUAACCGGACAACUUGUGCCAUGGACUUCAGCCUGGUGACCCUCAACCAGAGGCACGAGUUCCUCUGGAUCGCCGGGCUUAGCUUGUCCUCCUCGGCUCUGGGCUUCCUCCUUCCUUUCCUGGCCAUGACCAUCUUCUACUGCUUCAUCGGCUGUACCGUCACGCGCCACUUCAACAAUCUGCGCAAGGAGGACCAGAAGAAGAAAAGGCUGCUGAAGAUCAUCACCACCCUGGUGGUCGUGUUCGCCAUCUGCUGGACGCCCUUCCACGUAUUGAAGAGCAUGGACGCCCUGUCCUACCUGAACCUGGCCCCGAGUUCCUGCGGCUUCCUGCGCUUCUUGCUUCUGGCUCACCCGUACGCGACUUGCUUGGCCUACGUCAACAGCUGCCUCAACCCCUUCCUUUACGCUUUCUUCGAUCUGCGCUUUCGCUCUCAGUGCCUGUGCCUGCUCAACCUGAAGAAGGCCAUGCACGGCCACAUGAGCUCCAUGUCGUCCACGCUGAGUGCCCAGACUCAGAAGUCCGAGAUUCAGUCUCUAGCCACCAAGGUGUAGAGAGGAAGGUCGAAUGUGGAGCAAAGAAGGAGCCGUGGGACAGUCCCAGCUUCAACCACUGGAACACUUGUAAAAAAUUAAUACAGACUUUACGUGUCCAUUUGCGCGGGUAAAAUGAGAAGAUGAACUUUGAUGUACUCCCACUCAUUGUUCUCCAUCAUUUCAAGUGAACUUGGAAGGCAGGAGCCAGCUGGCUGAGCUCCUUUGCCGCAUUGUUCCUCCUCUUCUUCUUCUUUGAAUUGUGAAUCAAUUUACCGGGAGAGAGAAAAAAAAGAAUGACACUGGAUGAAUUUUAAAGGUGUACAGUAUUUUCAUACCAUGGCAUUUCUCCAGAUCUAUAACUGUUUUGUUUUAGAAGCACUUGUCCUGAAUGUGUAUACAGUAUGUCCUCUUUUAAAAUGUGUUUUCAAUAUGCAGAUGAGGGCAUGAAGGAGGAGCAAAGGUGACGCAGUUUAAUGGUAUAGAUUUUGCCGAGGAGACAGUGGGAGGGGGUGGUGGGGGGGGCUGCAGAGUGGCAGAUGGCAGUUGACAAAUGCUUUUUGUUUUGUUUUGGGACAGGAAUCGGGUGUUGGGGUGGGUGGAGGGGUGCAACGUAGCCUCGGCGCUAAAGGGGCUUUACAUAACUGAAGAAUUUGUAUAUGGUUUAUUUUUGACAUCAAUGUAACUAACUACUGUAUUAAAGAUGUGUUCUAUGAAACCAA